AUUAUACAUGCCUAUAAAUUGUUGUGGAUACUAUGGAAUUUGGAUUAGUUUCAAAUGAAACAGUAAUUCAUCUUUUAUUCUGGAGAAGAGUACCAGCCUUCGAGUCAUUCCAGUAUUGACGCAAGCGAUGAAAGACAGGCAAUAGCAGAAAAAUUGGCUAGCGAAGAUCGUGAACAGGGAGAUAUUGGCCCGGUGAUAGACAAAGAUGCGUGCAAACGUCAAACUGAGCCGGAACAGAACGGCAUGUCUCAAGGAAGGAACAGACGAAAAAGAAACGGGUGAAAAAAGAGACCGGUAAAAUACGAACGAAAGAAAGGAACGCAAUGAAGAAACGACAGGAGAAGACAGUGAUGUCUGAGGAGGAGUACCAUUCUAGCUUUGAUGACAAUCAAGUGCGGGGUGAAGAAGACCCGGCUGGGCAUACGCAGGACUCAGACGGUUGUCAAUCUUCUGGAGAGGAGUACCAGCCUUCGCUACAUUCCAGUAAUGACGGAAGCCUCGUUUCUGAGAAGUCGCUGAAUUCUAUCUUCAGCGGGGUAGAACCUCCCAAAGGAGUCGCCGAGAGCGUCGAAAGCUCUCCGAAGGAACAACGGGUCGAGGAGAAACGGACGACUAAGCCGAGGAAGCCGAGAGAGGAACGUACGCUUAAAGGAGCCCCUAAUAUGGGGGUGGCGCGAAAGCGGGAGGGAAGACGCCCCAAGCGGCCGUGCCCAGUUCAGGGUUGCCAUGCCACCCCGGGAAACUUGAAGGAACAUUUAUUCUUUACCGCUUGUCACUAGGACCUGGACAUUCACUUCAGGAACAAAUUGCUCAUGCGAGCUAAUAGGGACCGCGCGAUCACCAAGGAUUCAAAAAGGGGCAAAACGGCCGCCAGCAAUACACGUGAUCGUUACUGGUUGCAGUGCGACAUUUGCGAUCAUUUCAAAGCAAACUUGGUGCCACACUUGCGUCGAUAUCACGGCAUCAGUGACAAUAGGGUGAUCGCAAAUUGUCUAGAAAGUGCAACAAGGGUGAAAAAAUCAACACUAGUGCAGCUCAACCACCAACCUGAGCCUGUACUGAAGCGUAUGGUCCCAAAGUUUGAGGAGUUUUUACGCAGUCCGAUAGGCAGUUGCUUUAGUCAAAACACUGCCAGAGCGCACGGGCGUCGUUUUUCUACAUUUUGUAAAGAAUUGGCUGGGGAGGGGAGGGAGUUCAACUUGGGAGAUCUGAGAUUAUUGUUAGAAAUAGGAAACGAUGGGGGUUUGGUAAGUCAGUGGGUAAACGAAUCAAGAUUCAAGGCCGGCUAUGUUACAAAUUUACUGGUGAGCACAAAGCACUUUCUUCGCUUUGUGACUGUUAACAAAGAAUUUGGACUUGGUUGGGUGACAAGGCAAACUGGCAUCGACGAAUAUCUGGCCCACUUGAACGGCAUCCAAGGGUUCUUGUCCAAAAUUAGAAGGCGGGAGACUGUGGCCAACGACGACGCGAUUGGCACGGACACCAUUGACCAACUCGCCUGGAGUGGGUACAACACUAGUGACACCUGGCGUACAAUACAAGGAUAUCUUGAGAAAUUGCUGACGAAUCCGAAUGUGACGACUGCCUCAACAAACCUAACCAUCCGAAAUCACCUCAUAUUACGUCUUUUCUUGGACAACUUCCGACGAGCUGGCGAUAUUGCCCAUUUUUCACUGGUCGAAUUUAACAAGGCUGAGUUGGUUGAGGGGGACUAUGUGACCACGAUUAGGCGCCACAAAACCGACGGGAAGUAUGCAGCGCCCCUCGUAAUGAAGUCAGAGGUCAAGCGGGCAAUUAAGAUAUACAUUAGAAGUGCGAGGGAGACAACAUGUCCGGCAGAAGAUCAACAAUGUGCCUUUCUGACCACCACCGGAAGACCCCUCGACUCGAGUGACAUCAACAAAAACCUAAAAGCAGCCUGGGGCGACUACGGCAGGGACCUUGGAAGGGACAUUGGGGAAAUAACGGCUACCAAGGUCCGCCGUUCUGCCGUAACAAUCACGCGUCAAGCGAAAACAACUCAAGAGGACCGUCGACAAGUUUCUCAAGCAAUGUGCCAUGACAUCGACAUUGCGGACAAAAUUUAUGACCGCAGCGGGCAGAGAGAGCAAGGGCAGUCGUCUGCGACUAUUGUAAAACAUUGUCUCCAAGAGGUGAUGCACAAAAAGUACGGUCACAUCCUAAGAGGCGAAGAUGACGCUGAAGAUGAAAUAAUACCGCCAACACCACCCCGUCCUAACAAACGAUUGAGUUUGCUGAUGAGAAGACAUGGGACAAGCGAAAGUGAAGAUGUCAACAUCUCAACGACAGCCUCCCCUCCUCAGAAGCGUUGCAGGCCUACUCCUCACCCUGGUCCUGAGGACGAAGAGUCGGAAGAGGAAUUUUCGAUGGCUCCAGUUUCAUUGGGCAGUAAGGCAACUAAGGCCAAGAAGCAGAAGACGUGGAAGAGAGGGAACUCGUGGGGAAGAAACUAGAACUCCUGCUGAAAGUUUGCAAUCCCCUCAUUACCGAGUUGGUCAUGAAAGUGACGGCUCCAGUAUCAAGACUGGAGGUGGAGCGAAUGGUCUGUAUUGGUGCAGAACACUACCGCCUCACUGGAGACUUGGACAAGGCAGCGGCCAUUGAAAACCUUGAACGGUUCGGAGGGAUCAAGUUGACGCACAUGGUUCGCUACAUUGUCCAAAAACUCAGGAAGGAAAAGGGAUAUGUUAAGCCUAAAAAGGACAGUCUGAAGCCACUAUCACUCCAAAAGCCAUCUGCCGCUGCUGGCUCAGUAGAACAAGUAGAAGCAACGGACGAAACCAUCCCUCGUGCUGAACAAACAUGACGUCCCACGUGAAACUUUUUACCCACCUACCGUUUACCAACUGACUUACCAACCCCACUCGUUUCCUAUGUCUAAGAAACUAGAAGUCUCCGGUCCUCCGACGAUGACUUUAUUCUAACUUUCUCUUUUUUUAAUGCUGGCUGCGUUCUGUUAAAAUAAUUGCUCGAUAUACCGGUAGUUUUUUUCAAAGUGAGCGAAUUCAGUAUCACCAACGCGAUGUACUCUCGUGUACACUCUGUAUUAUACUGUGGGAUGUUUUACAUAUUCUUAUGUCAAUUUUCUAUGAAUAAUUUUUUUCAAGGUUUUUUUGUCUUCACAUUGGGAAACUUUUAGGGUCAACUCUAAAUUGAUUAUCCUGGUCAAGUAGAUUUAAAUUAAUUACGUUUCUGGCAAUCAGGAAUUUCGCGUUAAUCAACAAUGUCAAUACCUGUAGAAUAAUUUCACGUUUUGUUUUAUUAGUAAAUAAAUUGUAC